CUUGUACCCUCUCCCAUUACUUGAAACUCUCCUAUCUCCCACUUCCCUCCUUUCCAGGUGAGCUGCUAAUGAGCUCACCGGCCGUUCUUUGGCUUUUGCUGCUCCUCGCGCCGGUGGCGACGGUGGUGGCGUGGAGGCCGUGGCCGCACACUGUGCUGAAUGCCACCAACAUCACCGGAAAUGGAGGUCGGCCAACGACGGAUAUCGGGGUGUCGAAGAAGUACGAGGGCUCGUCGGAGUUCGUCCACCUAAUGUACCAUAUGGGCCCCGUCCUCACCACCAACAUCACCAUCUACCCCAUCUGGUACGGCGCCUGGACCCAAUCCCAGAAGCAAAUCCUCCGCACCUUCCUCCGCUCCAUCUCUCCGGCAAACCCUGCCGCCGUCCCCUCCCCCUCCGUCGCCGGCUGGUGGCGCACCGUCCAGCUCUACACCGACCAGACCGGCGCCAACGUCUCCCGCACUGUCAUCGUCGGCGCCGAGAAGAACGACCGCCGCUACUCCCGCGGCAAAUCCCUCACCCGCCUCUCCAUCCAGUCUGUCAUCGGCGACGCCAUCACCGCCCGGACCCGUCCCCUCCCCGUCAACCCCCGUGGAGGCCUCUACCUUGUCCUCACCUCCACCGACGUCGCUGUCCAGGACUUCUGCGGCCAGGUCUGCGGCUUCCACUACUUUACCUUCCCAUCCAUCGUGGGCUACACCCUCCCCUACGCGUGGAUCGGCAACUCCGCCGCGAAAUGCCCGGGGGUCUGCGCCUACCCCUUCGCCGUGCCAGCCUACGUCCCUGGAGCCCGGUCGGCGGGCCGGCCGCCGAAUGGGGACGUGGGGGUGGAUGGGAUGGUGAGCGUGGUGGCGCACGAGCUGGCGGAGCUGGCGUCGAACCCACUGGUGAACGCAUGGUACGCCGGCAGCGACCCGAGCUUCCCGACGGAGAUCGCCGACCUCUGCGAGGGGAUCUACGGGACCGGCGGCGGCGGGGCGUACACCGGGCAGCUCCUGGUGGAUAACAGCGGCGCGGCGUACAACGUGAACGGCGUCAGCGGGAGGAAGUUCUUGGUGCAGUGGAUCUGGAAUCCUAUCCUCAACUACUGUUCCGGCCCCAAUGCCCUCGACCAAUAAGAUCGAGAGGAGAAAAUGUCAUAAGAUUAAAAAAAAAAAAGGGGGAAAUUAUGGUGUUUUAUUUUCUUAAUUAUAGUUUUUAUUAAGGUUUUAAGUAAUCCUCUCCGUCUGUUGUAAUCUUUUUUUAGACGUGUUAGUACUACUUGAUUAAUAAGAGGAAAAGGAAGGGGAGGAGUAUUUUAAUA